UGCUCUGGUAAUUUAUUAUAAAUUUGUUGUGCCAUGCAGAUUAUACUUGAGUGUUUUAAAGUGGUGUUUGAUUUCUCCAGGCAUAAGCGAUUUUCAAAACGUAAAUUUCUCGUUUGGCCAUCGGAUCUCGUUUUGUAAAGGUGGGGGUAGUCUUUUACGAAGACAGCUACUUCUAGAAUAUAUAGCGCAGGCAGCCAACCUGUGCUUUGCAAUUGCAUUCCUUGUGCCGAAGAGUUUCAAGCAGAGUAUAUUGGUGUUGCGUGCAAUGGCAGCUACAGGCGCGGUCCUUAUGGGAAUGUGGGCCGGAGCAGAAGUAUGUGCGCCUGACAUACUUGUCUGGAGCCUGGCUAUUCUGCUAGUUAACUCAAUACACACUGUCUUCUUAAUAAUACGAUUCCUACCACCAUCUUUGUCUCUCGAACUAACGGACUUGUAUCUGAAACUGUUUAAACCAUUGAAAGUGAACAAGAAACACUUCCAAGAGUUGACACGGGAGGCGCGAAUUGUGAAGCUCGAACCAGGUGAAGCGUAUGCGGUUGAAGAUGUCACUCCGGCUGAUGAAAGAUUAUCUAUAUUGCUAAAGGGAAAGAUGAAAGUAAGCUGCGAUGAGACACAUCUUCACUACAUUCAACCUUACCAGUUCGUCGACUCUCCCGAAUGGGAGGCGAAUCGUGAGCAAUCGGACGAUGUGUUUCAGGUGACAGUGGUUGCUGACGAAGUUUGUACUUGUGUGUGCUGGCCGAGGAUGAGACUUGAACGAGUGCUGAGACAUCGUCCUUCACUCAAAGUUGUUCUCGAUUGUCUCAUUGGCAAGGACAUAACCCACAAGUUGUACUCGGUUAGCGAAGGUCUAGGCAUGGCCGCGACAACAGAGAGCGAAGGUGUCCCGACUCACCUCACGCGGUCUGCCAGUGUGGAUGCUGUCCACGAGGGUACAAGAGGAAGACUCAGGAGUGCAGCGUGGCGUUCUCACACAUCAUCUGUUAAGGGAACGUCAUACUGGCAACCAAUGGUUGCUCGUCAAUUCUUGCGACAGUCACCGUUUGGGCGACGAGUGAUGCCGCCCCCACGGCUUCUGACGCAAGCUUCUUCAGCAAGCUUGCAACCACCAGCACCACCUAGGCGCCGGAGCCCGCCGAGAAGAACUGCAUCCUUCCGCCGCAGCCGGGAAGUCAAGUUUGCUGAAGAGCCUUCCGUGUGACGCGGGCAGCGGCUCCAGCCAGAGCUGGUGCCGCUCGUCCAAACUUCGCCGGUCUCUCUUAACUCCCCCUGACCUUCAGCUGUGCUGCACACCACAGACUUCUAAAGAGACAAAUUAGUUUAUUGAAAGUGACAUAGACAAUGAGCUUCCUGUUAUGACGUAGUUGUUAAUUUGACCACUAGUGCUGUGUGAAACUGACUAAUAGUUAAGUGUUGAGGUUUGCUAUUGUAGUGAAGUGAUAUUAUGAUCGUGGCUGUUGGCUUGUGUUUGAUGGUGAUAUAUUAUGAAUUGUGACACGAUAGGUAGGUAUAAAGCUUAUUUAUAUGUUAAAUUACAAUACGUGCUACGUUCGUUUGCUAGAUAUUGUUUUAAUACACAUUAAUUUUUAAAUAAUUAAAACUGUAUGUUGUGAAAGUGAUGGUAUAUAUUUUAUUCUUUAAUUUAUAUAUAAAUGUCAAAUGAUCUAACGUGUAACAUUUUUUUUAUUAUUGUAUGUCUUAUAGUCCGAAAAAUUCCUAUUAGGCUGAAAAUUGGUAGGACAAAAGUAUUGAGAUAUUUUUAUAGAUAAUUACAUAAUUUACAAGUUUUGUCUGAGCUACUGAGCUAAUUUUAAGAUAAAACUUACCAUUUUGCAGAAAAUCGCGAAAAACCCGUUGUGACCUUUGACCCCGAGUAUUUUUUUGCAAGUUCCGGAUCGAUGAGGACCUUUAUAAAAAGGAAAUGUGAAAAGUCUAUUAUUAGUAUAAUAAACGGUCCUACCAAUUUCAGAUCAAACCAAUUUUCAGCUUAAUGGGAAAUUUUGUGACCUUGGAAGUCUAAAUUGACCGGACUAUUAUGAAUGUUUCGAAUAUAUUUCAAAUCGUCCCGGCAUUAGGGUUGUCAAUAUGGUGAUAAACGGAUGUAUUCACAUAAGUAGCAAUUGCUCGCCUUGACUUAACUCGCUCUGGGUUUAAUUUUAAAUAAGACACAAAAAUGAAAUGAAUGAUUGAGAAAUCUGUUUCAAUAUCGGGCAUGACGUUCGGAUGGCUCUAUUCAUGUGUGCCUCAAUUUGAAUCUCUACGUGACACAUCUAAUGGAAACGCAGUCUAACCCCGCGCGUGUUGGAACGGCGUCCGUUCCUUCUUAAAUUAACGGUUAAAAGACGUCAGCAUGCCAACAGUACGUCUGAUUGGUGAUUGUAGUGUGCGCUUUGACAUGACGUUGCAAGAUGGCGGCAUAUCCCCAUUUCAACGCGCGAGGCUUAUAUACCCGAUAGCUGAAGUUAAGAACAAGAUAUUUCGAGAGUUUGUUUCCAACGACUGCUUUUAUACUUUGUAUUCUGGUUUUAAGAUUAAAACGCUAUUAUUUUAUAAUCGACGCUUUAUUAAGUAAUAGUUAUAGGUUUUAAACAAUUUACCAGACUGAAAUGAAGAUGUAAAAGUUUAACAGCCGUAAGAUGUAACUAAUAUAGUUAUUGUACAUAAUUUAAAAUGUUGUUAUAGUAAUGAGUACUAAUUUAUGAAAGAAUUUAAGGUAUACGGGCCAUCGGUGGGUUGAUCCUAA